AUGACCAAUGUUGUAGAGAGUGAUAUUAUCAAGUGUGCUGAGUACUGGCCACCUUGUAGUGAAACAGUGAGCACAUUGGGAAAUUUCCUCCUGCAGACUGUAAAGCAAAUGAUCUACUCCGACUUUACCAUAAGGUGAUGACACUAUUUGUCAACAAAGUAUAUUUUAAAAAUAAAAUAUAUUUCUUGUUCUACUUCAAUCAGGGACCUUGUUAUGUGUAGCUAGAGUGGGUAAUCUGCACAAAAGGUGAAAACUGCUAGAGUGUCAUGUUGUGGCUAUUCUGGACACCAUCUAUCUGCUACUGCCUGUGUGGUCUUACUCUAGCAGUGAAGCCGGAGGGCCUACUACUGUAGGCAGGCAGUGUAUCUUGGUUCACUGGCAUUCUGACCAGUUGGUCUAGCCAUUUAUUUUGCUGGUCGGCCUCAGACUAGAAUGUGUCUUAUUCUUGUUUGUCAAUGUGAUCCAUUUCAUUUCAAUUGUAGACAAAAGGCAAUGGAUAUUAUUUACAAAUGUUCCAUUGUUUGUCAAGUGCAAUCUACAGAUUUCUGGUUCUUAUUAACAUUAAAUGUUUGAUAUGUAAACAAGUUGAACCCAAAUUGCAUUCAUUAUAUCUAUUGUUACAAAAUGUUCUGAUGCGUCUUUGCACUGAGAAACAUUUGCAUACAAAAUUCUAGUCACUUAGUCUCAGUGGCGUAGCGAGGUUGUUUGGCGCCCGGGGACAAGAUUCACGCCCGGGGACAAGAUCCAUUUUAGCGCCCCCUUUUCUUCUUUUCAACUCUCAAACCCAUUAUUUUCAUAAAUAAAAUAAUAUCAAAGCACAUUUUGGCGCCCCUAACUAGCUGGCGCCCGGGAAUACAUCUGUCCUCCUGCCCCCACCACGCUACGCCGCUGCUUAGUCUGAAAGUUUCUUGACUAAAUGUUUAUAUUAUUAGAGUUGCAUGAUUAAAUACUGGACAAUCUUGACAAAAUUUCAGAAGAAGUGACCUUGGAAUAUAUAAAUAUAUAACAUACAUGUGUUAUAACCCAGUUCUUACUUAAAGGUUCGAUGGCUACGUUCUGUCUGCUACAUUCUGUCUGCUACGUUAUGUCUGCUACGUUCUGUCUGCUACGUUCUGUCUGCUACGUUCUGACUGCUACGUUCUGACUGCUACGUUCUGUCUGCUACGUUCUGUCUGCUACGUUCUGUCUGCUACGUUCUGUCUGCUAAGUUCUGUCUGCUACGUUCUGUCUGCUACGUUCUGUCUGCUACGUUCAGUGUAUGGGUUUUAGUAAUUACACAAACGGUAUAUUCUUAUAAUAAAAUAUCUUUAUUUCACAACUAAACUACAUCUUCAACUGAUUUACUCCAAGGACCACAGUACACAAUAUAUAGAUAUAUAUAUAUAUAUAAUGUGUAUAGCGGUGUGGUGGAGUGGCUUACAGUUUAAAUACACAAACAAUGAAAUGUAGUUUUGAAAACUAUAGCUUUUAUUCUUGUGGUAUCCAGCCUAAUCGAAGUGACCGUUUUCACAGACAAUAUAAUUGUACACAACACUCAGUAUCAUACACAGUUGACUACUCGAUCAAAGCUCAGAAAGUACAAGCUCCGGAUUUAAAUCCCACCUGCCUUAUGCUGUCACAAUGAUGACCACAUGGGACAGGCAGGCCCCGCUGAGUGAAUGUGAACACGCCUGGGGUAAAAAUAUCGUGCCACAGGAACGUGCUUCUUUGCCUAUAGGUAGCACCCUGCUACAUAUAAAAAUGUUACAUAAAUGCAGUUACAAAAAGUUGCACAUUAAAACAUCUUUAUCAUUCAUGCAGUGAAUAGUAUUAAAAUAGUAAUAAAAUCAGAUUGUAUUUAUGUGACCAGACUGUCAUCAUCAGACUGAUGGAAAAUAUCUUAAAUAAUAUAACGUCCUCGGAAAGGAAUAUGCCAAAAAGAGUCAAAUAUAUCUUUUAUGGAUGUAUAUAUUUUCUUAAUAAGCUGGCAAUGUACCAAUGAUACCUUUCUGAUGCGUACAAUUACAAUUCAGAAAAUAGUAAAUCAUUUUAAAAAUGUAUUUUUUUCAUGAAAAAGAACAAUCAAGCUGAAAAUGAACACUGAAAUGACUUGUCGAGAAAUCACACAAUUUCAAUACACUGCAUGGCCACCGCGAGGUUUCCCUUCGACUCCAAUUCCUCUAUUAGAUAUGAGAUACAAGGUUGGUGAUGGCUAGAUUUUAAGGGACAAGUCUUUCAUAUAGGGUUUCACAUUGUAUGACAAGUGGGACCAGUUUGUUUGGUUCUAAAUUCUGUAAUUGUAAUCAAAGCCCAACCCUGUAAUUUUUUAAAUUGAUCUGCUUAUUUCCUACCUUGCUACGAGCUAGCAAUGUAACACAUAUUAUAUGUUACCAGUUUAAAAUAUGAGACAUCGAAUAGAAAACUGAAAUGGGAUAAUAUAAUAUAUGACUGUUGUUAAAAUAUAUUUAACAAAAAUAAUAUAUAGUUGCCUUUAUGAUGUAUCAGUAGUAAUUUAAAAGUUGUAGCACAUAUAUAAUUAACAUGAAAAUCUGUUCACUACACACGGAAAUGUAUGCUGUAUUUAUAUGCAGAUUCGUUGCUGUCAUCAUGGUAAGUGCUCACCAAUCCUUGUCCAUUGUGGUACUGGGAUAUCUCGGACCUCCAUUUUCAUUGCUGCAG